AUGUCUACCAACAGCAGAUUCUCCGGAACAAUUUAUCGCUCGCUGCUUAGACGCAAUUCUGUAUUCUUGGCUGGAAUUUUUACUACAGCCUUUGUGAUUGAAAUAGCUUUUGAUACUGCUGCUGAUAAAGCUUGGGACUCUAUUAAUAGAGGAAAACAAUGGAAAGACAUCGAAAGUAAAUACACUCAAAAUUAA